GAUGGGGUUGCACUCGCACCGGACGUUGUUGGUGUAGUUCACUGCAGACAUAAAAUGAAUGGAGGUUUUGAUGCUGUGAGCUCCCUUUGUUUACAUCUGGUCAAGAUGACAUGAAGCUUUAAGUUUGACACUUUCCCGCCACCGAGUUGCCAUGGCAGCGAGGAUGAAGCUGAAGCUGAAGACUGUGUUUGUGCUCUACUUCAUGGUGUCCCUGAUGGGUCUCAUCUAUGCUCUGAUGCAGCUGGGCCAGCACUGCGACUGCACGGAGCGCGACCUGCCAAAGGAUCGGGCCAUAUCCCGCCUGCAGGAGGAGCUCUACCGCCUUCAGGGCCAGAUAAGGCAGCUGGAGAAGCUGAAGCAGCCCGAGAAGCAACCUCCCAAGGCCUCCCUGCCCACCAUCUUCGUCAUCACGCCCACCUACGCCAGGCUGGUGCAGAAGGCCGAGCUGACGCGCCUCUCCCUGACUUUCCUCCACGUCCCGCAGCUGCACUGGAUCGUGGUGGAGGACUCGCCGCGCAGGACGCCGCUGGUUACCAACUUCCUGAUGAAGAGCGGCCUGACCUACACCCACCUGUACGUGCCCACCGCCAAGGAGCGCAAACUGCAGGAGGGUGACCCCAGCUGGCUGAAGCCCCGCGGCGUGGAGCAGAGAAACGAAGGACUGCGGUGGCUCAGGGAGGACAGACGGGCUCAGCCGGGGGAGGACGGGCAGCAGGGGGUGGUCUACUUCGCCGAUGACGACAACACGUACAGCCCGCAGCUGUUUGAGGAGAUGAGGAGCACUCAGCGGGUUUCCGUGUGGCCGGUGGGGCUGGUCGGCGGCAUGAAAUUUGAGAGCCCCGUGGUUGAAGGAGGAAAGGUGGUUCGCUUCCACACCGGCUGGCGGCCCAGUCGGCCCUUCCCGAUGGACAUGGCCGGCUUCGCCGUGUCCCUAAAGCUGGUCCUGGCCAAUCCGGACGCCUGCUUUGACGGAGAGGCCCCCAUGGGCUUCCUGGAAAGCAGCCUCCUCAAGGGUCUGGUCACAGUGGACGAGCUGGAGCCCAAAGCAGACAACUGCACUAAAGUGCUGGUGUGGCACACCAGGACAGAGAAACCGAAGAUGAAGAGAGAGGAGGCGCUGCAGGUGCAGGGACUGGGCUCAGAUCCCGCCGUGGAGGUGUGAGCGCCUCCACAGACGCAUGAAAAAGCAUCCCCUUAAAAACAGGCUUCUAAGUUUACUUUACCGCGGCUCUCGGGUUUUUGGUUCAGCUACUAAGCGAGUGCGACACAUAAAUGUUUCGGUGUACAUGGGGUUGCAGUUUUAUUUGACGAUUCAUGGUGCAGUUUAACCAGUUGCCUGAAGGGGGCUCCACAUUACAACAUUUGACAUCCCCGUCUAUGGAGAAACAAAAGUGCCACAAUUUCAUGCACAGAUAAGUUGUUAAAUAAAUAUUAAUUCAUGGGAUAUUUGACUUAAAAUUAGAAAUACAUUGACCAAAUAAAUGGCUUGUUCUUUCAUUAUUUAAAUCUUUCAAUAAUUUGUAAAUUCUUUAUGUAAUCAAGUGAAAAUGGAUAAAUAAGCAUCUAGAAUUUGUAUUUUCAUUAUAUAUCUAUAUCUAUCUAUCUAUCUAUCUAUCUAUCUA